AUGAAUGACUGCAGGGUGGUUCGGGAUUCCCAGACGCUCAAACCCAAGGGUUAUGGCUUCGUGUCGUUCGUGAGGAAAACCGAUGCGGAGGCUGCGAUCAAUGCUAUGAAUGGUCAAUGGUUGGGAAGUCGAAACAUCCGAACGAAUUGGGCAACAAGGAAACCCUCGCAGCACAAACAUGACGGCCAGAAGCAGUACACGUUCGAGGAGGUGUAUAACAAGAGCAGUCCAACGAACACGACCGUUUAUUGUGGUGGGGUCAUGACGGGCUUGAGUGAGGAACUCAUCAGGAAGACUUUCUCUCCCUUUGGUGGCAUCCAAGAGAUUCGAGUCUUCAAAGAAAAGGGUUACGCUUUCAUUAGGUAA